AUGCCCCCAGGCGAGUACCAUUGCCCAGUUUUGAAGAAGGUGUUUACCGAGUUUACCCACAUCGUGGCUGUUAAGACAACUGGCAACGUGUUCUGCUAUGAGGCCAUCAAGGAGCUGAACAGCGUUUUCCACUUUUCCCCGUGCCUUGAUUUCUUGCCAUUCCCGCUUCUCUCUGCUGUUUCCUUCCCACCCUCUGCUGUUCCCUUCCCACCUUCUGCUGUCCCUUUCCGGGCCUCAAGAGUAGGCUGCGACGGCAGCGCAGCAGUAUCAGAGAGCAUCCAGCUCAUUGUGGCAGCCCUUCCCAAGAACGACGGCGAGGAGGCUGGAGUCGGUUCAUCCAAGGGCGCAUCCCAGGUGCUGCUGGGCGGGGGAGGAAGCAAAGCAAGGAAGGAAGCAGCAGCAGCAGCAGCAGCAGCAGCAGCACUAGAGGCAAGGAAAGCAGAGGAGGUAGCUGCUGCUGCCGCCGCCGCUGGCAGAGAGGCCCUAGCCGCACAAGAGGGGGGAGAGGGCGCGGAGCAAGCAGGGGAAGGAGGGGCGGUAGGAGCAGGAGCUAGUGGCAAAGGAAAGGGAGGUGGGGAGAAGGGGAAGAGGAAGCGGGGAGAGGAACGGGAGGCCUAG